AUGGCGGUGGCUGCUUCAGUUUGCUUGUGGAAGAUCGGUACCAGGCUUGGCCUGCCGCUGAAGCGUCAACGGGCAGGACUGUGUGAACGGAUAUCCAAUUUUAGAUUUUAUUCUGAAAGUGCAGCCCUCCCAAAGGUUGAAGGAAGUGAUGUGACAGGGAUUGAAGAAGUAGUCAUUCCAAAAAAGAAAACUUGGGAUAAAGUGGCUGUUCUUCAGGCACUUGCAUCCACAGUAAACAGGGACACCACAGCUCUACCUUACUCAUUUCAAGAUGAUCCUUACCUUAUACCAACAUCCUCUCUGGAAUCUCGUUCAUUUUUAUUGGCAAAGAAGUCUGGGGAGAAUGCAGCAAAGUUUAUUAUUAAUUCACAUCCCAAAUAUUUUCAGAAGGAUGUAGCUGAACCUCAUAUACCGUGUUUAAUGCCUGAGUACUUUGAACCUCAGAUUGAAGAAGUGAGUGAAGCUGCCCUAAAGGAACGAAUCAAGCUCAAAAAAGUCAAAGCCUCUGUGGACAUGUUUGAUCAGCUUUUGCAAGCAGGAACCACUGUCUCUCUUAAAACAACAAAUAAUCUCUUGGAUUUAUUGUGUUACUAUGGUGACCAAGAGCCCUCAACUAAUUAUCAGUUUCAGCAAACUGAACAGUCAGAAGAACUGGAAGAGGAAAGUAACAAGAAAUCUAGGAAGAAGGCUGGUCAUCAAUCUGGAGUUACAUGGAGAGCAAAAAACAAUGCUGAGAGAAUCUUUGCUCUGAUGCCAGAGAAAAAUGCAUAUUCCUACUGCACAAUGAUCCGAGGAAUGGUGAAGCACCGAGCUUAUGAGCAGGCGUUAAACUUGUACACUGAAUUAUUAAACAACAGACUCCAUGCUGAUGUAUACACAUUCAAUGCAUUGAUUGAAGCAACAAUAUGGAGGAUGGAUGAGAAUUUUGAGGAAAAAUGGAAUAGUACACUGGAGCUACUGAAACAAAUGGUUGCACAGAAGGUAAAACCAAAUCUGCAGACUUUUAAUACCAUUCUGAAAUGUCUCCGAAGAUUUUAUGUACUUGCAAGAGUGCCAGCCUUACGGACCUUACGUGAAAUGAAAGCCGUCGGAAUAGAACCCUCGCUUGCAACAUAUCACCAUAUUAUUCAGCUGUUUUAUCAACAAGAAGGCCCUUCAAAAGGAUCAUCCCUGAUCAUCUAUGAUAUAAUGAAUGAAUUAAUGGGAAAAAAAUUUUCUCCAAAGGACUUGGAUGAUGAUUUGUUUUUUCAGUCAGCCAUGAAAGUUUGCUCAUCUCUCAGAGAUCUAGACCUUGCUUACCAAGUACAUGGCCUUUUAAACACUGGAGACAACUGGAAAUUGAUUGGAUCUGAUCAUCGUCGUAAUUUCUAUUACUCUAAGUUCUUCACUUUAAUUUGUCUAAUGGAACAAAUUGAUGUCACCUUGAAGUGGUAUAAGGACCUGAUACCUUCAGUCUUCUUUCCCCACUCCCAAACAUUGAUAGAUCUUCUCCAAGCACUGGAUGUGGCCAAUCGGCUAGAAAUGAUUCCUCAAAUUUGGAAAGAUAGUAAAGAAUAUGGUCAUACUUUUCGCACUGAACUGAGGCAAGAGAUCCUGAUUCUCAUGGCAAGGGAUAAACACCCACCACAGCUUCAGGUGGAGUUUGCUGACUGUGCUGCUGAUAUCAAAUCUACAUAUGAACGCCAGGAUGCCAGACAGGCUGCCCCGGAUUGGCCUGCCAUCCCUCUUAACUGUAUAGCUGUCCUCUUUUUAAGGGCUGGGAGAACCCAGGAAGCCUGGAAAAUGUUGGGGCUUUUCAGAAAGCAUAAUAAGAUCCCUAGAAAUGAGUUGCUGAAUGAGUUUAUGGACAGUGCAAAAGUGUCUAACAGUCCUGUGCAGGCCAUUGAGGUGGUAAAGCUGGCAAGUGCCUUCAGCUUACCGAUUUGUGAGGGCCUCAUCCAGAGAGUAAUGACUGACUUUGCAAUCAACCAGGAACAAAAGGAAGCCCUGGGCAACCUAACUGCACUGACCAGCGACAGUGAUAGUGACAGUGACAGUGACAUCAAUGAAGACAAAUGAAAGUGGGAAAUUCAGGAGCAGUAAUGGGUUCACCAUAGCUGCUGGGAUCACACUUGAGAACUGGGAUGUUAAUAUUUAACACUGUUACAAAGAAAUAAGAGGAUACAGAUUUGGUGAAUUUGUUACUAUGAAGUACACAGUUGAUACAACACCAGUUUAGUUAGAUUAAGCUCCUAACUUGCUACUUGCUAAACCAUCUAUUAACUGUAGCAUUCGAGGCUUACCAUUUAAGCGACAGCACUGUCCUUUUCAUUUCUCAGACACGCAGUGAGGUCGGUAGCUCUUGUGGUCAGGAUAAGCUCUGUAUACCUCAGGUAGUGUUGGGUGACCUCAUACUGCCAUCAGCUUGCAGUUGCCCUCUCCCUGCCACUGGACUAAAGAUUUUGUGGGCCUGAUGUGCUGCUACAUUGCUGGUCCUUCCUUCAUCUGAAGAGACAGUCUCUAAUUAUAAUUACAUCAUAAUUGCUGUUGGGUCAAUAGUGUCUAAUUUCUGGGAUAUUUAUAUGUGAAAUUAUGCAUCUUAAAAUUAAUUAAACAGGAUAAUGACAGUUUA